CAUUGUAAAGCAUAAGCAUUUUUCAAAAAGCAAAAACUUUUUGUAAGCUCCUCACAUAACAAAAAUGAUGCAAUCUCUUUUUAGGGCCUCGGUAUCUGCAAAAAAGCCUGUGCCGUCGGACUUCAAGGGUAUAUUCGCGUCCGUUUUCACAAGCUUCCAAUCCGAUGAGAAUCAAACAUUGCAGUUGAGUUACAUUGAAGAAUAUGCCGUAUGGCUCAAGGAGCGCCAUAUAAAAGGUGUGCUAGUUAACAGCACAACUGGAGAGGGUCCGGUUUUGGGUUUGAUCGAACGCAAAUUGAAUGCCGAAGCUUGGAGUCGCGCAUGUAAGAAGUGUUCGUUAUUGAUGAUGUUGCAAAUUGGCGGUGCGCCGUUGCCCGACGUUUUAGAUUUGGCGCGACAUGCCAAUGAUUUGCAUAUACACGCUGUGGUCUGUAUAGGGGAACUAUUUUAUGUACCCACCAAAAUGGAGCAAUUGGUCGGUUACUGUAAAAUUGUGGCUGAGAAAUGCGCAAAUCAUUUCUUCUUAUACUACCAUCUUCCGGAGUUGACGAAAGUCAAAUUCAACCCGGAGGAGUUCUUUAGUAGAGCCGAAAUGGUCAUACCGACUUUCGCGGGCUUGGUUUGUACACAAACCGAAUUGAUGACGGCCAUUAAAUGCUUGACCGAGGAUCGUAUUAUCCUAAUGGGCGAUUCGAAAAUGCUCGCCAGCGGCAUGUUAAUGGGUUUCGAUGCGGCCAUUAUGACGGUGGCGAACAUGGAGCCCAUAUUAAUGAAAGAGAUCUAUGACGCAAUGUUGCGAAAGGAUUUGAAGACAGCUAAAACUAAACAACACUAUUUAAAUCAACUUAUUAGAAAUCAUGUAACGAAGGGAAAGUCUAGUUGGAUUUCGGACAUGAAGAAGUGGUUCAAUGAGAGAAUGCGUUCAAGUGACGGUUGUGGUAUUUAUGUUGGUACACCGAGAAAAUUUGGUGUAUACGAAUUGUAAUAAUUGAAGGGAUACCGUUAUUAUUGUUUAAUGUUCCACUUUUCUCAGUUGAAUAUAUU